AUGGCCCCCCACGAAGGCCUCGUCCACCCCAAGAAAUAUGACAUCAAGGACAGUAACGUCGAGCUGGUCGGCUCCGAUCUCGACCACCGCGUCAAGCACGCCUCGGCCCUCACUGAGCCCGCCUGGAACAACGGCAAGGUCGGCCAGGAACCAGGCCUGUUGAUCUGGCGCAUCGAGAACUUCGAGGUCAUUCCUUGGCCAAAGGAGAAGUACGGCGAGUUCUUCGACGGCGACAGCUACACCGUCCUGCACUCGUACAAGCUGGGCGACAAGCUGGGCCACGACGUCUUCUUCUGGCUGGGAAGCAACACCACCCAAGAUGAAGCCGGCACUGCUGCUUACAAAACAGUCGAGCUCGAUGAGUUCCUGCAUGGAGCCGCGACUCAGUAUCGUGAGGUUCAGGAGUAUCCGUCCGAGGACUUUACCUCGCUUUUCCGCCGUAUCACCAUCCGCUCCGGCGGCGUCGACUCUGGAUUCACCCACGUCGAAAAAGAGGCGCCCAAGGAGGUCACCACCUUGCUGCGCGUGUUCAAACACCCGGGCGCUGGCCGUAUUGACUCCAUCAUCGUCUACGAAGUCGAGCCCACCUGGCAGAGCCUCGACGACGACGACGUCUUUGUCUUGGACAAGGGCGAGAAGAUCUGGGUCUGGCAGGGCAAGAACUGCAGCCCGAUGGAAAAGGCCAAGUCAGCGCAGGUGGUCAACGACAUGACGCUGGCCAAGCAUAUCGACGUCGAAGUCCUGUCUCGCCAUGAGUCGCGGUCCAAGAUCAUUGUCGACAUGCUCGGAGGAAAGGAUGUCCAGCAGACCACGUUCAAGGCUCCUCGUCCAAUCUCGCAGUCCAAGAGGGCUCGAGAAAGCACAGAUUCUCACUCUCGCAGGUUGUUCCGGUUGAGCGAUGCCUCGGGCCAGCUUUCCUUUGACCUGGUCAAGGACGGAGGACGAGUGCGCAAGGCAGACUUUGAUGGCAACGACGUCUUCUUGUACGAUGUGGGAAAUCGUCUCUGGGUCUGGCAGGGGCUGGGAGCAAGUGAGAGAGAGAAGGCGUCGUGGAUCAGAGUCGCUCAGGCCUACGUUCGCCGUCUCCAGAGCCAGGAGGACUCGGAUGCUUAUAUGCUUCCCAUAUCCAAGGUUGUCCAGGACUAUGAGAGCCCUUCCUUCUUGAAGGCCAUUGAAGUCUAG